AUGUCUCUUUUCAGAUCUUUACAAAACUCGCCAGCAAUAAUUUCCAUUUUCCACAAUGGCAAAGUUCCUGAAUCGGUGGCGCUCUACAAUUCCCUCGAAAAGGCCUACCACCGAUUAAAUGACAACAAAAACCAAUUCCAAAUCGACUUGGUGCCAAAGCAGAUGCCCACUUACGACCAAUUCAAAGAUAUUUAUUCUCGCUGUGUCACCUCCGACAGUGGCAAACGUGUUUUACAGCAUUGCUACCCCUUGCUUAACGACAAGAUGACCCAGUCAAAGGAUAAUGUUGUGACUUUUAAGAGUGUGGGCAUCAGCAAUGACAGAGGCGUUCGUGUGUUCUCUCCAAGCGAGUAUGAAAAGAUCCACGAGGUUUUCGAUGAGUUGGUGCACGAAGACGAGCCCGAAAUUGACCCCAGCCAUCUUUUCCGUGCCCCUCUAGUGGUGGACUGGGACCAGAAUGUCAUUGCUUGUGACGAAGAAGGGUUACUGGCUCUUUUGGCCAAGUAUGGCUACGAAGAUCUCAGUCAUUUGGCGCUGGCGUAA